CCCGCCCCGCGGAGCCCCAGGAACCAAGGCUUCAGACACAUGCCAUACCCAAUAUCGUGCCAUGACCUGACAUUGUUAAUUCCCCGAUGUGACCUACCUACUAGGUAGCACAUCGGGUGUUCCGCAAAUACCAUUCAUCAGAGGGGUUCAGGACUUCCCGUUACACACUGACUUUUCCACUUAGCGUCACUCCACCUCAAGAUGGCUUCCCCAAUGGCGGCACGAAGAUGCGUUUCCCUAGUUCCGCAACUUCGACCACAAUUGCGAAAAGGAGGAUGGAGCAAGGGCUUUUUACGCAGCUUCUCAUGCACGUCCAAUUGGCGAUUGCAUACCAAGGAUAUGGAUGAGGAAAUGCUGGCAACGCUGAAGGUGAAUCAGGGACGGUUGAUGGAGGAUCUACAUUAUACGUGCCAGUGGGGGACGGGCCAGAGAUGGGGAGACAAACCCACCGAGACUGGCAUGUCCCGCCUCGCCCUUACGGAUGACGACAAAAAGGCCCGCGACUGGUUCGUAGCCACCACCAAAGCCCUCGGAUGCCAUGUCACCGUAGACAGCAUGGGAAACAUCUUCGCCGUGCGUCCCGGUCUCAGAAACGACAAGCCUCCCACAUUCGUAGGAUCGCAUCUCGACACACAGCCCAGCGGUGGGCGAUACGAUGGCAUACUAGGAAUCAUGGCGGGCGUUGAGAUGCUCAGAGUCCUGGCGGACAAUUGGGUGGAGACGACGUAUCCUGUCGGUGUUGUGAACUGGACAAACGAAGAAGGCGCCCGCUUUCCCUUGUCCAUGUCCUCUUCAGGAGUUUGGGCCGGCGCCAUCCCCCUCGCCAAAGCUCAUGGACUCCGUGAAAUCGCACCGGGCACCGCAACCAUGGCCGAGGAGCUGGCGCGAAUAGGGUACUUGGGAAGUACGCCGGCGUCGUACCAGAACAUCCCUAUGGGUGCACAUUUCGAGUUACAUAUCGAACAAGGUCCUCUUCUGGAGAUGGCCAACAAGAAAAUCGGCAUUGUGACGGGUGUCCAGGCAUACAAGUGGUUAACCGUCAGAGUGAGCGGGAGAGGCACUCACACAGGUACUACGGAUCUAAAGUCCCGCGCAGAUGCCCUCUUGACGGCAUCGAAAAUGAUAGUGCAUAGCCACAAGCUGGCGACCGCGAACUCCGCACUGGCAAGCACGGGGAUCCUGAACCUGAAACCCGGAUCCACCAACACCGUUCCCGGGGAGGUAACUUUCACCCUCGACAUCCGCGCCAAAGCGAACGAGACAGUCCAGAGAUUGAAACAGCAGAUCCUAGAGGACUUCAAGAAGAUCGCCGAGGGGAGGGAUGUCCAGGGGUCCAACGAAGGCUGCACCCCUUCUCUCCCCUGCACCGUUUCCAUAACAGAAGACUUCGACUCUCCUGCCAUGACGUUCCACCCCGACUGCAUCUCCGCCGUUAAUCAAGCCGCACAGGCCGUCCUGGGACACAACAGCCACAAUCUCGUCAUGGACAUGGUGAGUGGUGCAGGUCAUGACUCUGUAUACGCGAGCAAGCGGUGUCCGACGAGUAUGAUUUUCGUGCCGUGUAGGGACGGCGUGAGCCAUAAUCCUACGGAGUUCUGCAAGGAGGAGGAUUGUGCGUUGGGGGCGCAGGUGUUGUUGCAGAGUGUGAUACGGUUUGAUCGAGUGAAGGAUGAGAGGAGGGUGACUUGGAAGCAGGAGCCGUAUACCCUUUAGGUUCUGGGAUGGUAGGUGUAGACGAAUCAUAGACGAUGCCGCAAUUAACAUUCACACCGUGAUGGAGAGAGCAGUUGAAUGAAGUGAAAUAUACAAUGACUUAGCUGCUUUGGAAGUGUCAAUAA